GUGUUCUUUUCCUGGGUGAAAUCGUGUUUACUGAAAGAACAAAGACGUCUGAAUGAUCCAAUGGCUGGAUGAUUAACUGAUUAAUCGGUUAUAGCUCGGUUUCCGACCUCAAUUCUGUCUCUCUCUCUCUCUCUCUCUCGCUCACUCUCAUUUCCUUCUGAGAUGAAGAAGCUGAGGAAGCAGACGGUACGGACCCUGUCUCUGAUCCUCUGCAUGUUCUCCUACCUGCUGGUGGGCGCCGCCGUGUUCGACGCACUCGAGUCGGAGUCGGAGAGCGCGAGGCGUCGCGUAUCCGAUCAGCGCCGUGCAGAACUCAAGACGCGUUACCGCUUCACGGACGACGAUUACCGCGAGCUGGAGCGCGUGGUGCUGCGCGCGGUGCCGCACAGAGCCGGGACGCAGUGGAAAUUCGCCGGAUCCUUUUACUUCGCCAUUACAGUCAUCACCACGAUAGGUUAUGGUCACGCAGCUCCAGGUACGGACGCUGGGAAAAUCUUCUGCAUGUUUUACGCUGUUCUCGGGAUCCCUCUCACUCUGGUCAUGUUCCAAAGCCUGGGUGAAAGAAUGAACACUUUUGUACGCUUCCUGCUCCACCGGGGGAAAAAGUGUCUCAGGUUCCGACGUACGAGCGUCUCCAUGGAGAACAUGGUCCUCGUGGGCCUCCUGUCCUGCCUAGGCACGCUGUGUUUGGGCGCGGCCGCGUUCUCACACUUCGAAGGCUGGACGUUCUUUCACGCCUACUACUAUUGUUUCAUCACGCUCACCACCAUCGGCUUCGGCGAUUUCGUGGCUCUGCAGAAGAAAGAUGACCUCCAGGAACGGACGCCGUACGUCAUCUUUAGCUUCGUGUACAUCCUGGUGGGCUUGACGGUGAUCGGAGCCUUUCUCAACCUCGUGGUGCUGCGCUUCCUCACCAUGAACACCGAGGAAGAGAGGGAACGGGCGUCGUUAAAGAAGAAAGAACGCAACUUCGAAAGAACGCUCGCUAACCAGAACAGCCACAGCACGCUGUUUUUGCCGAUGGAAGAGGGGACGAGCUGCACUAACCUCAUCCCGUCUCCGAACGCGAACGAAUGCUACUCCCGUCCAGCUCUCCCUCGCCCUUCGAAUCCUUCUCGCCAGCGGUCGCGUCUCAAUUCCCUCUGCUCUUGCUGUUAUCGCUUUGAUUUGUGCCCCAGCCUCCUUCCGUCUCGACCCGGCUGCAACGUCAAUUCGGUUUACUACAGUUCCAUUUCUUAUCGGAUCCAUGGAGGUUCCUUUACCAGGGAAAACACCGGAUUUUCCUCCCCAGGAAGCACACUCUCUCCUGGGCACAGUUUCAGAGAACUACCCCGCUUACGCAGGAAGUCCGUCUGA